AUGGCGUCUGGAAAUAGUGGAUGUGGACGUGAUCCAGUACCUGAGCCGUCUACUAGUUCUAUUAGUUCUAUGCUUCGUAGACGACCGGCUUUUUUGGAUGAUUCUGAUGAUGAUGAUGACGAUGGGCCCGUUGUCGGUCGUGACCUCUACACUGAAGAAGUGAUCAUGAUGUGGAACUUGACAAAAAUUAUGAAAAAUUUGAGUACUAAUGAGCAGUGUGUGGCAUUUGCUGAAGAAAAUGGAUUAGUGCAUUCUCAAAAGGAAUGUAGCAUACAUCGUAAACCCAUGAAAAUUGCUAAAUCGACGAAUAAAUCAUUUGGUUCAUGGUGUUGUACGAAAGGAAAUUGCAGAGCAAAAACAAAAGUUCCUAGAAAUAAAGGAACGUUUUUCGAAAAUAUUAAAAUCGAUUUAGUACAAGUGUUCUACUUGUUAUAUGCAUAUUCACAUAAAUGGAGCUAUGAAACAGUCAUUCAUGAAGACCCAUAUAAAGAAAGUAGACAACAAUGCAUAAGCCGACCCACCAUAAGUGAUUGGUAUUCUUAUUGCAGGGAAACUAUAGUUAUUUAUCAAAUGGAUAGAAAUCAAGUAGAAGGAAAGAUUGGUGGCCCAGGGAAGGUAGUCCAGAUUGAUGUAUCAAAAUUUGGGAAACGAAAAUUCAAUCGAGGACACCAUAUUGAGGGCCAUUGGGUUAUUGGUAUGACGGAAGGCAAAGAUCUGAGAUUAGAAGUGUCCCUAGACAAUAUUGAGUCAGCUGAAGUAUUAGUGCCACUUAUACAAAAACAUGUAGAAGUUGGCACUACUAUCCAUACCAACUUCUGGAAAGUGUAUGAUUGUUUAUCACAGCAUGGGUACAUACACAAAAAAGUAAUUGAGUCAGAUCCUGAUAACCCUUUUGUGGCUGACGAUGGAAGUUAUUUUUACGAAUACUUGUGGCGGCGGUACAAUGUUAAACACAGAAAAGACCCCUUUAUGGAGCUUAUUAAAGUUAUAAAAUAUGCUUAUAAAUAA